GCAAAAUUUGUAGUAAUAGGAGGAAAAAGAAAAUCCAAAUCGGGAAGCUUUGAGCUUUGUUUCCGGCUAAUUGUAAAAAUACGUUGUCUCCAUUGAAGGAGAGUGGAAGCGUGCGAGAGAGAGAGAGAGAGAGAGAGAGAUCCCAUCUGAGAUAUUUGUGGCAAUGAAUAAGAAAAUUGCAGGAUCGUCCUCGAGACCAAGAAAGCCCACAGGUACGGUUUUACCAUACCAAACCCAGAGAAUAAGGGACCACUAUUUCUUGGGCAAGAAGCUUGGGCAAGGCCAAUUUGGCACCACCUACCUAUGUACCGACAAGGUUACUGGUAUCCGUUACGCUUGCAAAUCUAUCCCAAAGCGCAAGCUCGUCUGCCGUGAAGAUUACGAUGACGUCUGGAGGGAGAUCCAGAUCAUGCAUCAUUUGUCUGAGAACCCAUUCGUGGUUCAGAUCAAGGGAACUUACGAAGAUGCCGUGUUUGUUCAUUUGGUUAUGGAGCUUUGUGCGGGUGGGGAACUUUUUGAUAGGAUCGUGGCUAAAGGUCAUUAUAGUGAAAGAGAGGCUGCUAAGCUUAUCAAAACCAUUGUUGGUGUCGUUGAGGCUUGUCAUUCCCUUGGGGUUAUGCAUAGAGAUCUCAAACCUGAGAAUUUCUUGUUUGAUACUCCCGCUGACGAUGCCGUUCUCAAGGCUACCGAUUUUGGCUUGUCCGUCUUCUAUAAACCAGGACAGUAUUUUAGUGAUGUUGUUGGGAGUCCCUUUUAUGUUGCGCCAGAGGUUUUGUUGAAGCAUUAUGGACCAGAAGCAGAUAUAUGGAGUGCUGCUGUUAUCCUAUACAUCUUGUUGAGUGGGGUUCCGCCAUUUUGGGCAGAAACUGAUUCAGGAAUCUUCAGACAGAUUUUACAUGGAAAAGUUGAUUUUGAAUCUGAGCCAUGGCCUAGUAUCUCUGAAAGUGCAAAAGAUCUGUUAAGAAAGAUGCUUGAAAGGGACCCACAGAAAAGAAUUACUGCCUAUGAGGUUCUAUGUCACCCAUGGAUUGUGGAUGACAGAGUUGCCCCAGACAAGCCUCUGGAUUCCGCUGUAUUAUCACGUUUGAAGAAGUUCUCAGCAAUGAACAAACUUAAAAAGAUGGCUCUGCGUCACCCACCAAGCAAGGGGAAGAAAAAGAAACAAAAAGAGAAAACAAAAGGAGCUGUUCAUGCCAACAACUCACACAAAGGGAGGGCUAGAGAUAGGGAAGAAGCAACGGUCAUAGCAGAGAGACUCUCUGAGGAAGAAAUUGGUGGCUUGAAAGAGUUGUUCAAAAUGAUUGAUACAGACAACAGUGGGACGAUUACAUUUCAGGAACUCAAAGAUGGUUUAAAGAAAGUGGGAUCUGAACUUACAGAAACGGAAAUCAAGGCUUUAAUGGAAGCUGCUGAUAUUGAUAAUAGUGGAACAAUUGACUAUGGUGAAUUCCUUGCUGCUACACUGCACAUAAAUAAGAUCGAGAGAGAGGAAAACUUAGUUGCUGCUUUCUCCUUUUUUGACAAAGAUGGUAGUGGUUAUAUCACCAUUGAUGAACUUCAACAAGCUUGCAAAGAGUUUGGUCUAGGUGAUGUGCAUCUGGAUGAGAUGAUCAAAGAAAUUGACCAAGAUAAUGAUGGGCGAAUAGACUAUGGGGAGUUUGCUGCAAUGAUGAGAACGGGUGAUGGGGGUAUGGGAAGGAGCAGAUCAUUGAGAAGCAGCCUAACCUUCAGUAUAGCUGAUGCGUUUGGAAUGAAAGACCCAACACAGGAUAUUAAAUGAAACCAUGUUACUCGGAUAUGAGUGUCGGAUACAGGUAUGUAUCCAACACAGGUAUGUUUAAAAUUUUCAACGUUUUUCCAUGUAUUUAGAAGGUCCUUGAAUUGUUAUAUCUCUAUACCGAUGUUCGAAUAUGCACAUCCCAAACGGGUGUCGAACACAGGUAUUUCAAGAAACGGAGAGUCGUAACAACAUAGAAUGAAAUCCAAUCUCUUGCAUAGUUAGCUGCACUUUGUCAAACUGAAAUCGAAAGUUAGUUACACUGACGUAACGUUCCAUUUGAGUUGCCAUAGGGUGUCGAUGCUUCUUUAGGUUGAUGGAUGAAUUUUAUUCACUCAUUUACUUAGGAAUGUGAAGACCGUCAUUUUCUUGCCUAGCUUAAUAAUGGUUAGAGGAAAUGGCUCAGCUGCUAUGCUUUUCAGUAGAAUAAAUAGUCAGUGUAGUUCACUAAUUGUCGGCAUGAUAGAAGUUUGUAGCCAUCAGACAAUUAGUGCUUGUAAUUUUCUAUUUAUAAUGAAACAAUAAUGUUUGUUGCUUUAA